CGACGGCGACGGCGACGGCGACGGUGACGGCAACCGACGACAACGACGACGAUGCUACGGACGGCAGCCGGGGCGCUCGACGCCGUGCUGGGCGGGAGCUCUCUUUCAAAGCGGAUUGCGAGGGACGCCGUCGGGAAACAGCUCUGGACCCGCAGGCUCUCGACCAACCUUGCGCCGCUCCCAUGGCACCAGAGCGUGCGCCUGUCUCAGCUCUGGCCCCGGAAGUCUCUGGCUGGCAACGUUAAGGGGACGUCGAAAGCCGGGCCGCUCCAGACUCACUUCUUUUCUUCGGCGAGGCGCCCCUUCCACUCCUCGAGGGCCCGAAGGUCCGAGGGAUCCUCGUCUUCCACAAACGGGAAGACGGGCGGAAAGGCGGCCGAGCCCGAACGGCUGGGGUUUACCGCGAGAAUGAGAAAGCUGUCAAGGGAAUACGGCUGGGCUGCGGUUGGCGUGUAUGCGGGACUGACCGUGCUGGACUUUCCCUUUUGCUUUCUGCUUGUCCGGACCGUUGGCACGGACAGGAUCGCCCAAGUCGAGCACGUUGUAGUGUCGUGGGCCGAAAAGGUAAUACCAGAGGGGGUCAAGACGUUCUGGCGCGAGUACCGCGAGGCCCUAAGGGAAAACAGGGUGCGAAAUGGUGGCGAGGACCUCGCCGUGGAGGGUUAUGGCGUCAAGGAGGCUGAGGAGCGGAGCAAACAGGAAGGAGCCAGCUUGGCAACGCAGCUCGCGCUCGCGUACGCCAUCCACAAGAGCUUCAUCUUCAUCCGCGUCCCCUUGACGGCCGCUAUCACGCCCAAGGUAGUCAAGGUGCUCAGGUCCUGGGGCUGGCAAAUCGGCAAGAGAAGGGGGGGCAAGCGUUGAACCAGCUUGGAUUUGCACUGCAUACGCCCCUCCUCCUCUCCCCCUUGGCACAAAUCUUGAUGUCGCUGCCUCCAUGCCUCCCUUCCCCGCCCUUCCCCCAUAUCACUAACAUAUUGUAUAUCAGAAGAUGGAAAAGAAAAAAACCACCGACGUUAUUGUGUAGAUAGAUAGCGGGUGCAUCUUUGUUUGCGUAUAUAGACAAGAACCCUCCAAUAACAAUGUAACAUUAACUUGUACUGAUA